AUGCGAGGAAUUGUACGCGGUAUAGUAGCGUUGAUACUAGUUUCCAUAGUAACGAGUUUCAGCUAUGAUCCAACCUGUAUCUGCUAUGUCAGUAAUCCAACAGGAAAGUCUUCUCUGUUAGCUAACAUGCAAUGUCUUCACUCAAGCGGGCGUUUAUUACACCGGAAGUUGGUAUAUAGAUUAUACCGGAAAUUGAAUAUCAAGAUAGGUGAAGUCAAAGUCUUGUUCGGGUCAGAAUGCUUGGAAUUACUGGAAGAGACAAAUGCGCAACAGAGACGAUUUUUCACCGACUCCUUCGGUGGAAGUUUCGAUAGCGGAGCUAAAGGCGAUGGUAGUUCGAGCGUUGGUGGAAGUGUACAUACACCAGUAGGAAGUGUGUCCGGCCACGCCCACUUUUCUCAUGGUGAUCUAUCUGGAGGUGAUGUUGGUGUAUCUGGCAAUGUGGGAAAGUUCGGAACAGCUGGUGUCCAUGCCAACUACGACAAUGGACACCUAAGUGGAGGGGUCGAUGCCGGAGUUGAUUUUGGAGGCAUUGCACAUGCUCAAGGACAUGUGGACAUUGAUCACAACCACGACGUUAGUGGAGGAGUAAACGCAGGAGUGGACCUCGGAGGGUUUAAGGAGACAGCCACACUAGAUGUGGACCACAACGGACACACUACAGGAGGGAUACAGGGAACAUUCGGAAGGAGAGAAGUAAACGAGCAACAGAGACGAUUUUUCACCGACUCCUUCGGUGGCAGUAUCGAUAGCGGAGCUAAAGGCGAUGGUAGUUCGAGCGUGGGUGGAAGUGUACAUACACCAGUAGGAAGUGUGUCCGGCCACGCCCACUUUUCUCAUGGUGAUCUGUCCGGAGGUGAUGUUGGUGUAUCUGGCAAUGUGGGAAAGUUCGGAACAGCUGGUGUCCAUGCCAACUACGACAAUGGACACCUAAGUGGAGGGGUCGAUGCCGGAGUUGAUUUUGGAGGCAUUGCACAUGCUCAAGGACAUGUGGACAUUGAUCACAACCUCGACUUUAGUGGAGGAGUAAACGCAGGAGUGGACCUCGGAGGGUUUAAGGAGACAGCCACACUAGAUGUGGACCACAACGGACACACUACAGGAGGGAUACAGGGAACAUUCGGAAGGAGAGAAGUAAACGAGCAACAGAGACGAUUUUUCACCGACUCCUUCGGUGGCAGUAUCGAUAGCGGAGCUAAAGGCGAUGGUAGUUCGAGUCUGGGUGGAAGUGUACAUACACCAGUAGGAAGUGUGUCCGGCCACGCCCACUUUUCUCAUGGUGAUCUAUCUGGAGGUGAUGUUGGUGUAUCUGGCAAUGUGGGAAAGUUCGGAACAGCUGGUGUCCAUGCCAACUACGACAAUGGACACCUAAGUGGAGGGGUCGAUGCCGGAGUUGAUUUUGGAGGCAUUGCACAUGCUCAAGGACAUGUGGACAUUGAUCACAACCACGACGUUAGUGGAGGAGUAAACGCAGGAGUGGACCUCGGAGGGUUUAAGGAGACAGCCACACUAGAUGUGGACCACAACGGACACACUACAGGAGGGAUACAGGGAACAUUCGGAAGGAGAGAAGUAAACGAGCAACAGAGACGAUUUUUCACCGACUCCUUCGGUGGCAGUAUCGAUAGCGGAGCUAAAGGCGAUGGUAGUUCGAGCGUGGGUGGAAGUGUACAUACACCAGUAGGAAGUGUGUCCGGUCACGCCCACUUUUCUCAUGGUGAUCUGUCCGGAGGUGAUGUUGGUGUAUCUGGCAAUGUGGGAAAGUUCGGAACAGCUGGUGUCCAUGCCAACUACGACAAUGGACACCUAAGUGGAGGGGUCGAUGCCGGAGUUGAUCUUGGAGGCAUUGCACAUGCUCAAGGACAUGUGGACAUUGAUCACAACCUCGACGUUAGUGGAGGAGUAAACGCAGGAGUGGACCUCGGAGGGUUUAAGGAGACAGCCACACUAGAUGUGGACCACAACGGACACACUACAGGAGGGAUACAGGGAACAUUCGGAAGGAGAGAAGUAAACGAGCAACAGAGACGAUUUUUCACCGACUCCUUCGGUGGCAGUAUCGAUAGCGGAGCUAAAGGCGAUGGUAGUUCGAGUCUGGGUGGAAGUGUACAUACACCAGUAGGAAGUGUGUCCGGCCACGCCCACUUUUCUCAUGGUGAUCUAUCUGGAGGUGAUGUUGGUGUAUCUGGCAAUGUGGGAAAGUUCGGAACAGCUGGUGUCCAUGCCAACUACGACAAUGGACACCUAAGUGGAGGGGUCGAUGCCGGAGUUGAUUUUGGAGGCAUUGCACAUGCUCAAGGACAUGUGGACAUUGAUCACAACCUCGACUUUAGUGGAGGAGUAAACGCAGGAGUGGACCUCGGAGGGUUUAAGGAGACAGCCACACUAGAUGUGGACCACAACGGACACACUACAGGAGGGAUACAGGGAACAUUCGGAAGGAGAGAAGUAAACGAGCAACAGAGACGAUUUUUCACCGACUCCUUCGGUGGCAGUAUCGAUAGCGGAGCUAAAGGCGAUGGUAGUUCGAGCGUGGGUGGAAGUGUACAUACACCAGUAGGAAGUGUGUCCGGUCACGCCCACUUUUCUCAUGGUGAUCUGUCCGGAGGUGAUGUUGGUGUAUCUGGCAAUGUGGGAAAGUUCGGAACAGCUGGUGUCCAUGCCAACUACGACAAUGGACACCUAAGUGGAGGGGUCGAUGCCGGAGUUGAUUUUGGAGGCAUUGCACAUGCUCAAGGACAUGUGGACAUUGAUCACAACCUCGACUUUAGUGGAGGAGUAAACGCAGGAGUGGACCUCGGAGGGUUUAAGGAGACAGCCACACUAGAUGUGGACCACAACGGACACACUACAGGAGGGAUACAGGGAACAUUCGGAAGGAGAGGUAAAGCUUUAUUUUGA